AUGGACCACCGAAAGAAAGGUUCAGCUGGCAUCUGGACAGAUUUCAUCUGGUUUACGGAUGGGAGCAGCUUCCUCCAAGAAGGAGAACGGAGGGCCGGAGCAGCCGUCACCACCGAAUCAGAGGUAAUUUGGGCGCCGCUGCCACCCGGUACAUCGGCCCAAAAGGCAGAACUGGUUGCGCUAACCCAGGCCCUCCGGAUGGCGGAAGACACCUUUUCAGGAUGGACAGAGGCCUUCCCUACCAAGAAGGAGACCACUAACGUGGUAACCAAGAAACUCCUGGAUGACAUCUUUCCCAGGUAUGGAAUGCCCCAGGUAUUGGGGUCAGACAAUGGGCCCGCCUUCGUCUCCCAGGUAAGUCAGAAGGUGGCCAGGCUAUUGGGGAUCGAUUGGAAACUCCAUUGUGCAUACCGCCCCCAGAGCUCAGGACAGGUAGAAUGCGCGAAUAGAACCAUUAAGGAGACUUUAACCAAAUUAACGCUUGCAACUGGCACUAGAGAUUGGGUGCUCCUACUCCCACUAGCCCUUUACCGAGCCCGGAAUACUCCUGGGCCCCAUGGCCUCACCCCGUUUGAGAUUCUGUAUGGGGCUCCCCCACCAAUUAUAAAUUUCCUUCACCCUGAUAUCUCCUCUUUUGCCACUAGCCCUACCUUGGAGGCGCACCUCCAAGCCCUCCAACUGGUACAGAAGGUGAUGUGGAAACCCCUGGCCGAUGCCUACCGGGAACAACUGACCCGCCCGGUGGUGCCUCACCCAUUCAAGAUUGGGGACUCUGUCUGGGUUCGACGCCAUCAAUCCAGGAACCUAGAGCCGAGAUGGAAAGGACCGUACACCAUCUUGUUAACAACUCCCACCGCACUCAAGGUUGACGGGAUAGCAGCUUGGGUCCACGCGUCGCAUGUAAAGGCUGCCAAAGAACUCGACGAAGCUGAGAACACCGAGACGUCUACAUGGAGGAUUCGACGCUCUCCAAACCCACUAAAGAUAAGACUCGCCCGUGGGCCCCCUUAA